UUGCUCUGAAGUCUGAGUCGCUCGCGCUUGUGGCGUGUGAUGCUUUAUGACGUCCACUGUGACGCCACGGGGAGUUUAUAAAGGCAGGUUUUCCACCAUAACCUCCAGGUUUGCUGAGAUCACAGACUGUGGUGGUUUACUGGUUAAAGGACCGCGAUAAACAGCAGGAGAUUCAGACUUUCUUUCUUUAUAGCAUUUACAAAACGUUAAAUUCAGAAAUUAAGGCAAGGCACAACAGAUGCAAAGUAACAGAAAACAAACCGAGAAGGUGAACAGGGACACCGAUUCUGGGCUGAAAAUCUUUUAACUCUAUUAAGUUGAUUUUUUUUUGUGACAAAACACAUUUGUGUUGGUGUGAUUUGUAGAAAUUACCAGCGUUUUCCUUUCAAUCACAGGAAGUUCAUUUGACUUGAGAGACGUGACCCAGAUGCUUGUUAAUGCAGCAGCAGUUUCUCACAUGGAAAUGCCUGUCUUUCCCAUCAUCUACAACUUCCUGGAGUGUCUGACUGAUCAGUCUCACUCAGAGUUAAGUAAGGUGGAGGACCUGGAGAUUGAUAGUGAACCACUUGACCACAUCAGCAUUCUGAUAAGAGACGAUGAACGCGGAUGCCAGUCAGCGAGUGGACUCCAUGGUGGCCGGUCCUCAAACAGUUCCUCUGAAUUGAAUACAGCAAUUGUUAAAGAAGAGUUUCAACAGAUUAUUUCUGCUAUGAGUAACAAGGCACUGAGUUCAGACUCAGGUAGUCCGUCACCACCAAUUCAUAUCCUGCCUGAUACCAAGAGUACUAACUUAGCGACUAAAGCUGUCAUGAAUGCCAUCGUCAGUACCAUGAAUGAUUGCCUUGAUGUAAUGGAAGAUUCACUCGUUUUGCAGCUCUUUACUAGUGUUGCCCAAAAACUUGAGAUCCUGGCAUCUACUUCUAGUUCGGAGAUGCUCUUCAAAUCAAAAUGUGAAAAUGACUCGUUUGAUCUCCACUCCAAGGCCUCUGGUGAUGAUUUGAGUGCUGCUUCUAAUUCAGUGGUUAAAACCUUAGUAUCUCGUUCAUACGUGUCCCUUGAUGAUGACAGUGUUGUGGAUGAUUCAUCAUUCGGUCAAGUGCCAUUCAAAUGGCCUGAUGUCUCCUUAGGAUGUGGCAGUGAUGCAAAUGAUGAUGAUUUUUCAUAUUCUGAGAACUUUUCAAUGUCUAGUAUGAAAGAGAACAUUGUAUGCGAGUUUAGGACUGAGGCUUCCUGCCUCGUGAGCGAGGUCUUGUCUCAGUCAGUUAAAAUAAUAAACGCAGAUGCUGACAUUCCUGAGGCAGUGAAAGGUUUGAUCAGCCAGAGUGAUGCUUCUUACUCAGAGCCUCCAGACCCGGAUAUUGCUGCCUCAAAAAUCGUAGAGAAAUUUGUGGUACACAUAUGUGACCUGUUAGACUUUGAACAAUUUCCACAACUGGCUGCUGAUAAUUUGUGGAAACUAGCAAAUGAUCUUUAUUACAGUGUGAUGUGCCAGGUCAAUGAAUUUUUGCUCAGCCAUCAGCAGAGACUAGCUGAGAUAAGAGAAGUUAUUGGUGUUAAUGAGCAAUUGCAAUCAUCAGAAGAUGCAGAGCAUGCACACAAUGUGACUGGGUCCAAGCAGAAAAAUGUUGAAGUGGACAAACCGUCAUCAGCUCACGUGGUUUCAGUGAACCCCUUAGUGGACACCUUGAUGGCCUCUUUGGACUUAGACCACGCUGGGCAUUUUGAGACUUUGUCUAUUCAGUGUGUGGAUGAAGUAUUCAGCAUCUACAGUGUGGAGCUGUACUCUAUCGAGGACCAAGAGAGCCAGCAGACAGAUACUGCAGGGUCCGGCAGUGAAUCACGUCCAGCACUACAAUGGACCCUGGAGACUAUUUCAGAAGCUGAGGAAGCACUAGACGUUACUUCAUACAACUUUGAACAAACUGUUUCCAGCUUUGAACAAACUGUAUGCAUGGGCUCUAGGAGUGAACUCUUUGAGGUGUUAAAGUCCCAGAAUACUCAGCUGACCGGAUCACUGGCAUUCUCAAUCGUCAGGACACUUCAGAACACGAAUCCUGACGACAUCUACGUUACAUCACCUAUGCUACAUCAGCCGUAUUCUUCCUCAUCCCAAGAAAGCCAGAAGAUCAGAAAGAAACAUUUACAACUCAAGAUGCAAAAACUGAAGAAUCCCUUCAAGAAAUUGAGAAAAGGACAGAAGGGAAGUUUCGCCUCUCUGGACCAGAAGCAGCAUGGCUCUACUGACGCCGAUAUGAGUACGUUUACAAUAGUUCAGAAAGCCUGGAUUCGAAAACGGAGAAGCUGAAGAAGUGGUCCAUCUUUUUGUGGAUCUUCUCCGCUUUAAAAUCUUUCUCAUGAACAAAAUAAUAGGUUGCACUUUUACAAUACUGUUUCAUAGAAGCAAUAAUAAGGUUUCUUCCUCAUCUCGUCUCAGGGUGAUUUUCCCCUUGCCACUGUUGCCUCUGGCUUGCUCAUUAGGAAUCAAAAUCUCCAAUUUCUAAAAAGUAAUUUCUUUAUCUUAUUGUUAAUAGCAGUGACAAUAUUGGAAG